UAAAUUUUGUUUGGUUGAAAUUACUUAUUGGAGUCGGUGGCAAAAACACCUACAACAAUACAGAGACGACGACUUAGCGCCGCCGUGGGUGGAAAAAUAGGAGGAUCACCGCAAAAAAACGAUGAUGGCCACUCAAUCUUUCAGUCUGCUUCCCUCUCCGCAGUUGCCGCCAAACAUCGCUUCAGUCAGACCAAAUAUCCUAAGAUUUGACUCAUCAAAGCUGACGACGAAAUGUGGAAGACAUCGGAGGCAAAAUCUGAGCAUCAGAUCGGUGUUCACGGGAAUCGUGGAAGAAAUGGGGCAAGUAAAGGAUAUGGGAUUAGCUGAUCACGGCGGAUUCGACCUUAAAAUCGGGGCGAGAGUGGUGGUGGAGGACGUGAAGCUAGGCGACAGCAUCGCCGUCAACGGUACUUGCCUAACUGUCACCCAUUUCGACGCCGAGGAGUUCACCGUCGGGUUAGCGCCGGAGACGCUGCGGAAAACGUCGCUGGAGGAGCUGGAGAGAGGAUCCCUGGUGAACCUGGAGCGAGCGCUGCAGCCGGUGAGCCGAAUGGGGGGACACGUGGUGCAGGGACACGUGGACGGUACGGGGGUGAUCGUUUCGAUGGAGGCUGAGGGAGAUUCGCUGUGGGUGAAGGUGAAAGCGGACAAGGCUUUGCUCAAAUACAUUGUCCCCAAGGGGUUUGUGGCGGUGGACGGGACGAGCCUGACGGUGGUGGAUGUGUCUGACGAGGAGAGCUGCUUUAACUUCAUGCUCGUUGCUUAUACCCAGCAGAAUGUGGUGAUUCCAACCAAGAAAGUUGGGCAGAAAGUCAACUUGGAGGUUGAUAUUAUGGGCAAAUACGUUGAGAGGCUUCUUCUCACCAUCAACACCCCACAGGAAAAGAAGGGCUGAAGCUCAGCUGGGAGAAAAAGGAAGCUCAUUUGGCAACUGUUGCUGUAUGUAAAAUUGAUCUUCAACACUCUGUUUCUUUGUAAUAUCAGCGACACCAAACUUACACCAAAUUGAUGGUCUAUUCAUUUGUGUCAAUUGGAGAAUAGGCUUAUGAUUGCAUUCCCCUUUUGUUUCUA